AUGAAGUUUCAGGUUGCCUUCCUUCUUUUUGCCGUUGUUGAGGUACUCACUACUGAGGUGAAACAGGAAACAGUCCCUGUUCCUGCUGUUUACCCUGGUCCCGCUGACAGUGCUGCCGGCUAUGCUGACUACGCCAAGUUGAAUAAGGAUUUUGGCGCCAAAGGCCACUCAUCUCUUGCCGAUCAUGGUAGCUAUGGGAGCGCUGCUCAAGGAGCCUCUGGACUGCUUAAAGAUGCCGCUUUCAGGAAUCUAAAUGCGUUUGGCGCUAAGGGUGCAUCUCACGGCCAAUUCAAGGACAAGGACGUAUACUCGAGAGAUCGCGGGUACGGCUAUCAAAAGGCUUAUGCCUACGACAAAGUGGUAUCUUUCCACGACGUUGACGCAGAAAAAGGAGCAUAUGGCAGCAAACAGGGCCUGAGUGACGAUUCUGCCCACAGCAAACUUGACUCCAACAAACGUUACGGCCAAGGAGCUUUUGGUAAACAUGAUCUCCAUGGUGCUUCUGGUUAUGAUCGCCAAAGACAGCUAGGCAGUGGUUACGCCAAAAAAGGCUAUGCUGAAGGAGUUGGAGCCAUCGGCUACCAACCUGCUCAUGGUGACGUCUUCGCACCCUCAUUCAAUGGUUAUGCCCCAGUAUUCGGUCCUGGCAUUGGUUAUGGUCCUGCAUCAGCCUUCAGAAAUGGUCAGGCCUACAGCUAUGGUCCUACAUCAGCCUUCAGAAAUGGUCAGGCCUACGGCUAUGGUCCUGCAUCAGCCUACAGAAAUGGUCAGGCCUACGGCUAUGGUCCUGCAUCAGCCUACAGAAAUGGUCAGGCCUACGGCUAUGGUCCUGCUUUCGCUGUGGCUCCUACUUAUGGUUACGGUCAUGGAGCGCCACAUUCCUACCCUAGUUACCACUAA